CUUAACGCGGAUAAUGUCACUGCGCUCCAUGGAUACCACUCUGAGAAACUGUCUUUUCUGCUGUUUAAUUCUACAAUGAAGGAUAAAAGAAGGCCGAAGCGUCGGGAUAAGGAGAGUUGAUGUGUUUCUUCUGGAUGUUUUGUGGAGUUUCACACCAUGGAUCUUGUAAUGUGUUGGUUAUUACUGGUUCACCUUCUCCUAUGCGCUCCUCUCAUGGGAUGUUUUGACUUGCACCUUUCGGAGACAUUACAUUCAGGCGCCGUUUUGGCCAAUUUGUCACUGGGACCGGGUUGGACGUAUAAUAUAGACCGGACUUUAACUUCCAAAUACAUUGAGAAGUUUUUAAAAGUGGAUUGGAGAAAUGGAGCACUGACUUUAAAUGGAGAGGUGGAGUGUGCGCGCUCUCCUCAAGGCGCACAGCCUCUUUAUAUUAAAAUUAAAUCUUUAAGAACUGUAGGACUAGUUAACGCACACUUUAAUGUAUUUGUGCACGGACGGAAUUGCGUCUUCAAGUAUAAAAGGAAGAAGGACCAACCUGAUAUUACCUUGGAUUGCCUUUAUAACUUGGGAGAAACUUCCUGCUUUUCUCCAGGUAAUUUACUUUUAAGUCUUGAUGAUUAUUUACCAGUCUUUGCACGAAAUUCUGGAAUUUUCAGCUAUUCUUGUUCCUCAGCACAUUUCAAUGUCUUUGUGCGUAACGGGACUUUAUUUGUGAAGGACGCGUACUGUAUGGAAACGGAUUUCAGACCCUUUACAGAUACCAUUCAAUGUACGGUUCACCAUUCAAACGGUUCUGUCUUCUCUAUGUGCCUUAAAUUCCGAUUCACAUCAGUUCAAAAUUCGUCACUGGAGUAUUUGCAACACGCGUCAAAUCAGUGGAAGUCGAGAAUCAAGCGAGAUGUGAACUCUGCGCCCCAGUUUCAGUUACCGAACUAUCAGGUCUCCGUGCCUGAGAACGAGCCGGCGGGCACGCGCGUCAUCACCCUCAAAGCCACUGACAGCGACCCUGGAGAGGCGGGGAAAAUCGAGUACGGUAUGGAGGCACUGUUCGACAGUCGAUCCAACCUUUUUUUUCGCAUCGACCCUCAAACUGGCAGCAUUGAGACCGUCGAGCAGUUAGACAGAGAAGUGAAAGACACGCACAUCUUUAAAGUCACCGCCACCGAUAACGGCACGCCAAGACGCGCGGCCACAUCCUACCUGACCGUUACUGUUAGUGAUACCAAUGACCAUGGUCCCGUUUUUGAACAGAACGAGUACAGGGUAAGGAUACGUGAAAACCUAGAGAUUGGUUUUGAGGUUAUAACGGUGAGGGCCACUGAUGGGGAUGCACCGUCGAAUGCCAACAUGAUAUAUAAGAUUGUAAAUGGUGAAGGUGUUAAUUCUGGGUUCGAAAUUGAUGCUCGGAACGGUCUGGUGAAGAUCCGACUUCGUCCUGAUAGAGAAACCAUGGACCAGUAUCAGCUGAUAGUCGAGGCAAAUGACCAAGGAAAGGACCCUGGGCCCCGCAGUGCCACAGCCACGGUGCACAUAACAGUGGAAGACGAAAAUGACAACUAUCCUCAGUUUAGUGAGAAAAGAUAUGUAGUUCAGGUGCCAGAGAACGUAGCGGUUAACACUGAAGUGGCCAGGGUAAAAGCUACCGACCGAGAUGAGGGCAACAAUGCCAAAGUUCAUUACAGCAUAAUUAGCGGCAACGUGAAGGGGCAGUUCUUCAUCCACACCCCUACAGGAGCUAUUGAUAUCAUAAACCCUUUAGACUUCGAAAUGAUCAGAGAGUAUAAUUUACGCAUAAAAGCCCAGGAUGGAGGAAGGCCUCCUCUCAUAAAUGGCUCAGGUGUGGUGGUUGUCCAAGUGGUGGAUGUGAAUGACAAUGCCCCCAUGUUUGUGAGCACUCCUUUUCAAGCCACUGUUUUGGAGAAUGUGCCUAUUGGAUAUUCUGUGAUUCACAUUCAGGCCAUUGAUUCUGACUCUGGAGAAAAUGCACGUUUGGAUUACAGUCUCACAGACACAACUUCUGGCUUUCCUUUCACCAUUAAUAACAGCACUGGCUGGAUAACAGUCAGCGCUGAGCUGGACAGGGAAACCACUGAGUUUUACACAUUUGGAGUUGAAGCCAGAGACAAUGGAGUUCCAGUACUGUCUUCCUCAGCCAGCGUUAGCAUCACAGUCCUGGAUGUGAACGACAACAUCCCUACAUUCACUGAAAAAGUGUAUUCCCUUAAAAUCAACGAGGAUGCUGUUGUAGGGACCAGUGUAUUAUCCGUAACGGCGCGGGACCGUGAUGUAAACAGCGUGGUCACCUAUCAAAUUUCCAGUGGUAACACACGAAACAGGUUUGCCAUUACAAGUCAAAGCGGGGGUGGGCUCAUCACACUAGCACUGCCAUUGGAUUAUAAACAGGAACGUCAGUAUGUCCUGACUGUUACCGCUUCAGACGGCACACUUUUUGACACUACACAGGUGUUUAUCAAUGUAACCGACGCCAACACUCACAGACCCGUGUUUCAGAGCGCAAGCUACCAUCAGACCUUCAGUGAGGAUCGACCCAUUGGAUCAACUGUUGUGGUGAUUAGUGCAACGGAUGAGGAUACAGGCGAGAACGCACGCAUUACUUACAUCAUGGAGGACAACGUGCCACAGUUUAAGAUAGAUCCGGACACUGGUGCCAUCACUACACAGAUGGAGAUUGACUAUGAAGACCAGGCCUCCUACACAUUAGCCAUCAUUGCCCGUGACAAUGGAAUCCCACAGAAGUCUGAUACUACCUAUGUAGAAAUCAUUGUUUUGGAUGCCAAUGAUAACGCUCCACAGUUCGGGAGGGACAAAUAUCAGGGUAACGUGUAUGAAGAUGCACCAAUGCUCACCAGCGUGCUCCAGAUAUCUGCAUCAGACCGUGACGCGGGAUCUAACGGGCGGGUGAUCUACACGUUUCAAGGUGGGGACGAUGGCGAGGGAGAUUUUAUGAUAGAGCCUUAUUCAGGAAUAAUCAGAACCAAUCGGAAGCUUGACAGAGAGAACGUUCCAGUGUAUAACCUCAAGGCCCAUGCUGUAGAUAGAGGCGUUCCUCCACUCAAAGCCGCAGUGGAGAUCCAAAUUUCAGUGUCGGACAUAAAUGACAACGCUCCUGUUUUUGAGAAGGAUGAACUCUUUAUCUACAUCAAAGAGAAUAGUCCAGUGGAUUCAGUAGUGGCACGAAUCACCGCCAUGGACCCAGAUGAAGGAACAAAUGCUCAGAUAUUGUAUCAGAUUGUGGAAGGAAAUAUCCCUGAGGUCUUUGACUUGGAUAUGUUUUCUGGAGACCUAAAAGCGCUGGUGGAUUUGGACUAUGAGACCAAAAUGGAGUAUGUUAUAGUUGUACAAGCCACGUCUGCUCCUCUGGUUAGCAGAGCAACCGUCCACAUUCGUCUGAUUGAUGUCAAUGACAAUGAUCCUGUCUUGCAGAAUUUUGAGAUCAUCUUCAAUAAUUACGUUACAAAUAAAUCCAACAGCUUCCCAUCUGGGAUUAUAGGAAAGGUGCCUGCCCAUGACCCAGAUGUGUCAGAUAACCUCAAGUAUAGUUUCAUUGAAGGAAAUGAGCUGAGUUUGCUCAUUCUAAACCCGGAUACCGGAGAGCUCAAACUCAGCAAAGAUCUGGAUAACAACAGACCUCUGGAGGCCAGCAUGAAAGUUUCUGUCACAGAUGGUAUCCACAGAGUGACAGCCUCGUGUACCCUGCGUGUGACCAUCAUCACAGAUGAGAUGCUGACGAACAGCAUCACAGUCCGUCUGGAGAACAUGUCACAAGAACGCUUCCUCUCCCCGCUCCUCUCCCUCUUUGUCGAAGGCGUGGCGGCAGUCCUAUCAACCACGCGUGAGGGUGUUUUUAUCUUCAACGUCCAAAACGACACAGAUGUCACCGGGAACAUCCUCAACGUCACCUUCUCAGCUUUGCUCCCCGGAGGAGCACCCGAUCGUUUCUUCCCUUCAGAGGAGCUCCAGGAGCAAAUCUACCUUAACCGAACUCUACUGCGUCAAAUCUCCAGUCAGAGCGUCCUUCCAUUUGACGACAACAUUUGCCUGCGGGAGCCCUGUGAAAACUAUAUGAAAUGCGUCUCUGUGUUGAAGUUCGACAGCUCUCCUCCUUUCAUAGCUUCGGAUACAGUUCUCUUCCGGCCGAUCCAUCCCAUUAACGGGCUGCGCUGCCGAUGUCCGGCUGGGUUCACCGGUGAGUACUGUGAGACGGAGAUUGACCUAUGCUAUUCUGGACCAUGCCGUAACAACGGUCGCUGCCGCAGUCGAGAAGGCGGGUACUCCUGCGAGUGUCUGGAAGACUUCACUGGGGAGAACUGUGAAAUGGAUGCCCGCUCUGGCCGAUGUGUCCCCGGUGUAUGUAAGAACGGAGGGGAAUGUGUCAACCUGCUGGUGGGUGGCUUUACAUGCAACUGCCCCUCAGGAGAAUACGAGAAGCCUUUUUGCGAGAUGACAACUCGCAGCUUUCCCAGACAAUCCUUCAUCACCUUUCGGGGCCUGAGGCAGAGGUUUCACUUCACCGUCUCUUUUAUGUUUGCCACAAGAGAGAGAAACGCCCUUCUACUCUACAACGGCCGUUUUAAUGAAAAACACGACUUCAUAGCUGUAGAGAUCAUCGAGGAACAGAUUCAACUCACCUUCUCAGCAGGAGAGUCUAAAACGACUGUGGCAGCUUUUGCACUGGGUGGAGUUAGCGAUGGCCAGUGGCAUUCAGUCCAACUUCACUACUACAACAAGGACAGCCUGCACCUGCUGGACUCCAGUGGGGUGCUGCGCGUCCCUCUCUAUACGGCCUGGCUGGAGCUCACUCAUAAGGAGCCUAAGAUCAGUCAUUUGGGGUUGCCUCAAGGACCAUCGGGUGAGAAAGUGGCAGUGGUGGCCGUGGACGAGUGUGACAUCUCCAUGGCUGUGAGAUUCGGCAGUCAAAUCGGCAACUACUCCUGUGCUGCACAGGGCACCCAAACCGGACAGAAGAAGUCUUUGGAUUUAACUGGUCCCCUUCUGCUUGGUGGCGUGCCCAACCUUCCCGAGGACUUCCCCAUACGCAACCGGGACUUUGUGGGUUGCAUGAGAAACUUGACCAUCGAUAGCAAAUCCAUAGACAUGGCCAGCUACAUCGCCAACAAUGGCACCACAGAAGGCUGUCCAGCGAAAAAUAAUUUUUGCUAUGAAGGCUUGUGUAUGCACGGCGGUCAUUGUGAAAACAAGUGGAGCACCUACUUCUGUUACUGUGCUGAUGGACGAGGCGGCAAGAACUGCGAUCAGGUCAUGCCUUCACCGCAGCACUUUGAUGGUCACGCCAUGGCAUCACUGAAUGAGCUUGAUAUCACCAUUGCUGUACCUUGGUACAUCGGCCUGAUGUUCCGCACUAGACAGACCAGUGGAACCGCAACACUUAUGCAGGUUAAUGCGGGGGGCGCAUCUCAAAUCAACCUUCUGAUAAUUGAUAAGCAUGUGAGGUUUGAAGUGCAUCUGGGAGAGCAGCAGGUGGCCGAGCUUGGUUUCCCAGAGGUACGAGUGAAUGACGGAGAAUGGCACCACCUCCUAGUGGAGCUAAGGAGCAGCAAGGAAGGGAAAGACACCAAGUACCUGGCACAGGUCUUCCUAGAUUACGACAUGUUUAUGAAAUCAGCAGAGAUCGGAAACGAAUUGCCUGGACUCAAACUUAGGAGCUUGUUUGUUGGUGGACUUCAGGGACAGAGCAACAGUGUCCAGAAGGGCUUCAAGGGGUGCAUGCAGGGCGUGAGGAUGGGCGAAACAGCCACCAACACAGCUAACAUUAACAUGCAGCAGGCCCUAAAGAUCCACGUGGAGGAGGGCUGCGAUUUGUCCAACCCUUGUGAUUCAAACAUUUGCCCUGAGAAUAGUUAUUGCACGGAUGACUGGAACGCACACACCUGCACCUGUGACCCUGGUUUCUUCGGUAAAGACUGUGUGGAUGCAUGCCACCUGAACCCCUGUGAGCAUCUGUCCACUUGUGUUCGUAAGCCAAGUUCCUCUCAUGGUUAUACAUGCGAGUGCAGUCCGGACUAUUAUGGGCAGUACUGCGAAAACAAGGUGGAGAAACCGUGUCCUCGGGGUUGGUGGGGAAGCCCCAUGUGUGGCCCCUGCAACUGUGACGUCACCAAGGGCUUCAACUCUGACUGUAACAAGACCACAGGAGAAUGUCGCUGCAAGGACAACUACUAUCAACCGAAAGGCAGCGACACCUGCUUCCCUUGUGACUGCUUCCAUUUGGGUUCCAACUCCCGAACAUGCGACCCAGAGACGGGUAAUUGUCCCUGCAAGGCCGGUGUGAUUGGGCGACAGUGCAACCGCUGUGACAACCCCUUCUCUGAGGUGACCAGCACUGGCUGUGAGGUUGUGUAUGAGGGAUGCCCAAAGGCAUUUGAUGCUGGAAUCUGGUGGCCCAGAACCAACUUCGGACGCCCGGUUGCCAUGAAUUGCCCCAAGGGAACUAUUGGCACUGCCGUCAGACACUGCAGUGAUGAGAAAGGCUGGUUGCCCCCUGAACUCUUCAACUGCACCACCAUGACCUUUGCUCAACUCAAAAAAAUGAAUGAGGAGCUGCACCAUAAUGAAUCAUUGAUGGAUGGGCAGAAAUCGAACGACAUUGCUCACAUGUUACAGAAUGCCACCGAUCAAACCAGUAACUUCUAUGGUAAUGACGUUAAAACCACCUACCAGCUCAUUUCCAGGAUUCUGAGAUUUGAAAGCAAGCAACAGGGCUUUAAUCUGGCGGCCAUGCGUGACGCCAAAUUCAAUGAGAACAUUGUAAAGGCUGGCAGUGCGAUCCUGGAUGCCAGUAAUAGAGAUCAUUGGGAUCAGAUACAAAGAACAGAUGGCGGCACGGCACAACUGCUGAGAAACUUUGAGGACUACGCCAACACUGUAGCCCAAAACAUGAGGAAGACCUACCUGAAACCUUUCAUAAUUGUCACAGAGAACAUGGUUUUUGCGUUGGAUUACUUGGAUGCGACAUAUCCGGAUGAGUCAAAAAUUCCUAGUUUUCAGAGGACUGACCUGGAGUGUCCCAAAGACCUGAAGUCAUCUGUUCUCUUCCCAGAAUUCAACUUCAAAUUCUCAGAGAAUAAAGUUUCUCCUACAGAUGAUCCAGAAGCUCAGACCAAUCCUGAUGAAGAGCACAGUCAUGUUGUGAGGAAGAGGUUUGCUGAGAGUGUUCCGCCAUUUCCUGUGGCUGCAGUCAUCAUCCACAGAGCACUUGGUCACCUUUUACCAGAACGCUACGACCCUGACCGCCGCAGUCUCAGGCUGCCGAACCGUCCAGUCAUUAACACACCCAUCGUGAGCACAACUGUGUACAGUGAAGGUAAGCCGUUACACAUGCCUCUGGAACAACCAAUUACGCUGGACUACAACCUACUUGAGACAGAGGAGAGAUCCAAACCUGUGUGUGUGUUCUGGAACCACUCCUUCAAUGUCGGAGGGACAGGCGGAUGGUCAUCCAAAGGCUGUGACCUCAUCUUCAGAAACCACACCCACAUCAGCUGCCAGUGCAACCACAUGACAAGCUUUGCCGUUCUUAUGGAUAUCUCUAAGAGAGAGCAUGGUGAUGUUCUUCCUUUGAAGAUUGUCACAUACACCACAGUCUCCGCCUCUCUCCUGGCUCUUCUACUCACCUUCAUCCUACUGGCCAUUCUGCAUAAACUAAGAUCAAAUCUCCUCAGCAUCCACAAGAACCUGGUGGCCGCCUUGUUCUUUUCUGAGCUUGUCUUCCUCAUCGGAAUCAACCAGACGGAAAACCCGUUUGUGUGUACGGUAAUAGCCAUACUACUGCACUACUUCUACAUGUGCACAUUUGCCUGGACAUUUGUGGAGGGUUUGCACAUAUACCGUAUGCUCACUGAGGUCAGGAACAUCAACCACGGUCACAUGCGCUUCUACUACGCAAUAGGCUGGGGGAUUCCUGCCAUUAUUACAGGUCUGGCCGUGGGACUGGAUCCUCAGGGUUACGGGAACCCCGAUUUCUGUUGGCUGUCUGUCCACGACACCAUUAUUUGGAGCUUCGCUGGACCCAUCGCUGUAGUUGUGCUGGUUAACAUUGUUAUCUUUGUGCUGGCUGCAAAGGCGUCGUGUGGCCGCAGACAGCGUUCUUAUGAGAAGUCUGGAGUUAUUCCUGCACUUCGAAUGGCCUUCCUGCUGCUGUUGCUCAUUAGCGCCACCUGGCUGCUGGGUUUAAUAGCUGUUAACAAUGAUCUUAUGUUGUUCCACUACCUGUUUGCUAUCUUCAGCUGUCUGCAGGGUAUAUUCUUCUUCUUCUUCUACAUUGUGUUUAGUAAAGAAGUGAGAAAGAAUCUAAAGAACGUUUUCACCGGGAAGAAACCAUUACCGGAUGAGUCCAAUACUACACGCACCACCCUGCUCACGCGUACGCUGAACUGUAAUAACACAUACGAGGAUGGGGUGCUGUUCCGUUCGGCCAUCGGCGAGUCCACUGCAUCGCUAGAGAGCACAGUCAGGUCAGCCAAGAGCCAUAGCAGCUACAUUGCUUACAUGCAGAGAGAUGAAUUAGGUCAGAAGGCUGGUGUUUCUUCUGGAAAUGCUAAAGCCGGACACACUGACAUGGAUGGCUCGCUCUUCCAUAACGGAACUAAAGCAGAUGACUCUGAUUCAGACAGUGAGCUAUCCGUGGACGAACACAGCAGCUCGUACGCAUCCUCUCAUUCGUCUGACAGUGAAGAUGAAGAUAUUGAAAUGAAACCAAAAUGGAAUAAUGAGAGACAGCCACUACACAGCACUCCAAAAGUGGACACUGUAUCCAAUCACGUGAAGCCUUACUGGCCAUCUGAAGCCGUGACAGCCAGUGACAGUGAAGAUCCAGGAGGGGCAGAGAAACUAAGGGUGGAAACUAAAGUCAACGUGGAACUCCAUCAGGAGAAUAAACUCAAUCACAUUGGAGAGACGGCCCAGGAUAAAGAACACCAAACAUCAUCAAUACAACCCAACAGCAACCAUCAGCCUGAACAGAGAAAGGGUAUUCUGAAGAACAAGAUCAGAUAUCCUCCCCCACUUACAGACAAAAACAUGAAAAACAAACUGAGAGAGAAGCUGUCAGACUACAAUCCCCCCACCAUAUCCUCCAGAGCGCCCUCUAUAACCUCUAAUGAUGGGGGCAACAACAUCCUGAUCAAACCCCCUCAUCGGCCACCUGUCCCUCCAAGAGAGAAUCAGAACGGCAUGGCCAUGAAUUUGAGAUCAGGGACUGUCAAUGGCGGCAACCAGUCAGACUCUGAAGGCAGUAACGAAACAUCAAUCUGACCCAGCAGGAACCCUGAGGAACUUUUGCCCUCAUGAGGGGAGAAUUUGAGUCCCUGGCAGCGAGAGAGACGCAAAACAAAGAAGGUUCACGUGGAGGACCUCCCGAUAGGCACAUAUCGCUCUCCAGCGUGUGCCUGGGAUCCAUGCCCUGUUGGAGGACAGUAUUACUACAGAUGUCUGCCUUAAAUUUAAGAAAAGAUAAAGGGAAUGUAUGUAUGUAAAUACAAAAGAGGGGUAAGCAAGAAUAGAUGGAAAAUGUGCCAAACCACUUGAUGUGGUACUACCCUCAGAAUGGCGAUCGAAUAGUGCUUAUUCUGAGUGAUAGGUGGAUUUGAAGAGACACAUAUGAAUUAAAAUGUGAUUUUUAGGUUUUACCACUAGUGCUUUCUUCAAGUGCUCUCAUGCACAAAAUCACACAAGGCUGGAACUGUGUAGACGCAUUUUCUGUUUAGGAAAUGGAAAUCACGGAAGGCUGUUAUUGUCACUAAGUGCCCUGGUCACACCGUCCGAAUGGUCUUUGAAUACCUUCCUCAUGUAAUUAUUUUGUAGAUAUAUUUUUUUAAAUUGUAAUAUUUUGUAUGUGAAUUUUAAGACACUUUGUAUAUUGAAAUGAGCAAUUUUAAUGACGUUUAUUUCGAGACCUUUUUUCUGAUGUGAUUGCAUCCAAAUCGUUUUGUAUUUGAUUUGUAUUGUUUGGUCGCUAUGGUGCUGCAGUCCCCAAUACACUUAUUUUAAAGACUAAAUACCCAUUAAAAACAAGACAACACUGCAGAACUUCAUCAGUUUGUCUGGUUGGUGGUGAUUGUAACAAUAAUGUUUGAACUGUGAAGACCUGUGGUGGCCCUUAUACUCAAAUUUUAAAAGGAAUCUGGAUUAUUUUGUAAUUAUGACAGUCUAUGAUACGUAUUCCAAAGAAGCAGAUGUUAUAGUUUCCCACAAGAAAAACACUGGAUUUUGAAAUGUAAAGCUGUAUUUAUUUUUAUGUUUUGAGACACUGGAAAAAAUUAAGUUGUAAAAAUAAAAGGUCAAUGAAU